AUGCAGGCCCUUGCCACCAAGUUGAACAGUGAGAACAGGAAGCUGAAGUAUCUGAGCCUGUCGUCUCGACCCUGUCUGGAUGAGAUGCUACCUAGUAUCACAGACUGCAUGCCUCUGGAAGAGGAGACGGACACACAGGACACCAGCCCUGACCCGUACAGCCAGUACCAACAGCAGGMUAAAGAGCUGCAGGAGACAGUGAGCAGUCUGCUGCAAGAGAAGAAGUGGCUUGCCGGUCAGCUUCAAGAGCAGCAGAGACAGAUUGAAGAGCUAACAGCCCUGACUGAGAAGGAGCAAGCUGAAAUGAAGGAGCUUCACAAAACCACGGAGCAGCAAAGCAAGACCAUCAAGAGGUUCAAUAGAGUAGAGCCUUCCUCCUCCCCUCCUCUCCUCCUCCAGAUGUUGGUGAAGCAGAAAGAGGCUAACAGACAGAGUAUGAUCCUGCUGCAGAACGCUGACCCCAGCCUGCAGCUGAUCAUGGCUCUGGAGGACGUGGCUAAUGUUACCAAGACUCUGGAGCAGGAGAGACUGCAGCAUCACCAGAAGGUGAAGGCUCUGGAGGCUGAGCUACAGGAGUKCUCUCUGAAACAGCAGAUAYCAGAGCUGCAGAGCCAGCUGGAACUGAUGGAGGAGGAGAAGAGAGAGACAGAGGGACGUCUGCAGGAGGUAGAGAAGAAGAACCGUGACCUAGAGAAAAGAGUGCAAAGAGCUGCAGGUCCAGAAAGAGCACGGAGCCCUCACCAGGCCCUGAAUCAGGGAUCGCCCCACCCCCCGCCCCUGUUCCCAGCCCCCUCCACCCCACCACCACCCCUCCCUCCCACCCCCUCCCCCAUCACGAUGCAACCCCCUCAGAAGGAGGUGCAGAAGGAGGUACAGAUGUUAAAGUGA